UGGGGAAAUUUGCACUUUCCUUCGCAGCAGGUGGAGCACAGACCCUGAGAAGACGUAGUUUGUCCAAGCUGCACGACAAUAAAGCGUUUCCUCAGGUUGCAUCGUGCUUAAGGUCAGUCUGCAUCCUUUUUGUUCACUGGUUUGUAAAUGUUUUUUCUGCAGGGGGUUUAAUUCCAGGAAGUCAAGGUCAUACUGAUGCUGUGUUAACACUAAAGAGCAUCAAAUGUAAUUGUGUUGAUUCAUGCAGAAGUCGUGCAUGGUUACAUUCAUGCAGCUCAGUAUUGUGGUGUUUCUGGUGCAGGAAGUCGAGUAAAGCUCAGUGAGUGAGGUGGGAAAUUAGCUGCAUCUGUUACAUCAGAUUUCCUGCAACUAGGCACUGCUCCUCUGUGUACAGCCAUCUUUGUGGGGACCUGACUUUCUAACCUCUGAAGUGGAAAAAGUUGACUCAUAUUUAGAGUUUUGGUUUAGGUACACGUGUUGGUUGCUUUUCUGUCAGUGCUGCCUUGUUGAGAACCCAGUAUAUCUUCAAUCUUUUUGUUUCGUGGGGGUUUUGUCCACCUGUCCUGCAUCCUCAUGAUCUCUUUCUUCUCUCUUCUCUCUGCAGAUCAACCACCUCCAAAACACCAUCAAGCACUUCCCUUUAAAAAAAAAAAAAAAAAAACGAAAUCUCAACCUGCCAACUAAGCCCACCAAAAGCCUUCAAGAUGAUGCAGAUCAGCAGCGACUCAGUCAGCAACAAGCACUCUCUCAUCAAUGUCAUGCACCGCUUCAUGGCAGCCGCCAACAACAUGGACGAGACCAUCAUGGUGCCGAGCCUGCUGCGAGACAUGCCUCUGGAGGACCAGGCCAACACCAUGGAGGUGGAGCCCAACAAUAACAACAAUAACCACGAACCGCCCUGUCCCAACAAGCAGAGGGACAUGUAUGAGCACUACUUGCUCCUCAAGUCCAUUAAGAACGACAUGGAGUGGGGCCUGCUGAAGAAAGAGAUGACCAGCGGCACCAGUUUCCUGGAGAUGGCAGUGAAGCAGGAGGAACAGCAGCCAGUCACCAGAGACCUACCCAUGGACGACAACUCGGACCUGGAGCACCAGUUUCAUUAUCACCUCAGGGGACUGUUUGGAGUGCUGUCCAAGCUCACUCUGCAAGCUGACGACCUCACCAACAGAUACAAGAGAGAAAUCGGAGGAGGAAACUUCAUGAGAUAGAAGUCACUUCCUGCUUUGUUCCCUUUUAACUUUUUUCCUAUCCUUUCCCUGCUUGACUUGCACAUGGGAUGUGUUGAGAAGGGGCCCAACAUUUCUAUCUUAAAGAGCCCAACGGACAGUAAACUGGCCAGGGUAACCACUUUGUAACCUCUCUCACUCCUGAGUAGUGACACUCCAGCUCUCUUUCUGUUCCCCAAACUCACCUAAAGCCAGUGACGCCGGCACAGUUCCCUCUGAGAGCAGAGGCCGCCUCGUGUGCUCGGUGGAGGUUUAUUGAAUCUGUUCCCAGGUCCAGAUGAAGCACAGCUCUGGUUCAUGCAGAAACAUGUCCUCUCUCACCUCAUUUUGGUCGUUAAUUUUCAAGUUGGCAGUUGAUUUGUUACCAGGUUGUGAAUAAAAGUUUUCUGACUGUAGGAGAAAAUUGAAUGCUGGUUAUUCUGUCCCUCCUGUACAUUUCUUUUUAAAGCUGAGCUGAAGGGCUCUUAACCUGCAGAGGUUUUAAAUCUUUCCACUGUAACAUGGCGUGCCUUGACUUUUGUAUACCCUCAUGCCCUGUUCAGUUUCUCUGCCCACCGUCUGACUGCUUUAAUGGUUCAAGGUGUUCAUAAUGUAAUGAUGCAUUUGUUGUCCUCUGUUAUUUCAAAAUCAAUUUUAUAUUAAAGUGAAAAUAAAUGAAUAAUUUCAUCAUGUUG